GAGAUUAAACAGAAACAAAUUACACCUAAUAUUUCAGAACUUCACGCUGAUAUAUCAGUAUCGAAAUCCCCUAUUCAUUCAGAAUUACCAAUCAAUCCGAUAGCAUCCUCACUCCGUAGGACAUUACCACCCAUUGAAAACCAACCCGAUGAAAAGAAUAUGCAGAUUACUGAAUCGAUUCCCAAGGAAUUUAUAUCUCCCGAGCAGAAAAAAGAACAAGGUUUAAUACAGGAGAUAUCAAUAUCUAUUAAAGAUCAGAGUCAAGCAACCGAAAUUUCAGCGAACAAUUCGCCAAAAAUGUUCGCCAAAAAUCAUGUGACCAAAAAUUUAAUUCAGGAGAGUAGUGGGGAAGAUAAUGUUAUUUUGUUUUCUGCAUCAAAAAGUAAAGUACUACUAAAUUUAACAAGUUUGUACAAGAAAGCUUGUGAUGCGGAAAAGCAAGUGAUUAAAGUUAAUCAAGAUGAAAUUACAUGUUGGCAUUAUUAUAUUAUAGAAUUCGAUAACCAGGUUAAAAAUCUUAUGAAAUCUGUUCAUAUUGGUGAGAAAAAGGCAAAGGGACAAAUUUAUGAUUUUAUUAUUGCACAACUAAAUACCAAGCGUAAAACGUUACAAAAGCAAACCCAAAAGGCUAGAAAGGUUUAUAAUUUAUUCAAAAAAAUAGGGAUAGAUAAGAUUCAGCAUAUCAAAACCUUUAGUGCAGAUGCUAUUUCAAGAUUUACUAAUUCUCAGAUUCAAAUGAUAAUAGAUCACUUCGCCAAAAAGCCUGAUAUAGAAUAUUCCGAUGAUUCUUCUGAUGACUUACUCAAAACUAAAAUUAAUGAGGAAGCUAAAAGAAUUUCAUCAGAAACAGAGGAUGUCAAAUCUUUGCCAGAAACUGAGGUAAGCAUAUCUGCUAAAUCGAUUUCAAAGGAACCAGAAACUGUAAAUGUAUUCGAUAAUUUUUCUGACGAAGAUGAACCAGGUUAUUACUAUGAUUUAAGUAGCGGGAAAAAAACUUAUAAGAAUUCUGAUUAUUUAAUCA